AUGGGUGUAUCCAGGCUCAGAUCUGCCUUCCGACGAUCAUCGACACAAGAGUCUAUUACUCACGUCCAUGCUGUCGCCAAUGGCGAACAAAAGAGCCAAAUUUCCAAUGAGACCGUUGCUAUUCCCAACAAGGAAAACCCAGAAGUUCUCACUGAGGAUUUACAGCAGGGUGUCAAGAAUGUCGAGGCUGUGACUUUGAGCUGGACGAGGACCAUGCUGAUUGCGCAUCUGGUUUUUGUACUUCGUCAAUGCGAUGCACCUAAGCCCUUCGCUGGCCCGAAGGCUGCAGAGGGCUUCUACGAAGACAUUAGCUGGCGAUGGGCCUUUGGUGCAUUCUCCAUCAUCUUCCCCAUUGUUGCCUCCCCUCUUUACUUCAUCUUGAAGAGCAACCUUAAGAAGGCCAAGCAUAACGGUCUUAUAGUCAAGGAGCCUAGCGGCCGGACUUUCCUCCAAAGUGUUUGGCACUAUACCAAGGAGUUCGAUUUGUUUGGUGUUAUUGUGUUCUCUAUCGGCCUGAAAAUCUUCCUCCUUCCAUUCAGCAUUUCUACUUGCGCUCCUGACGGCUGGGCAUCAGGUUACAUCAUUGCUAUGAUCGUGCUCGGAUUUUUUAUGCUUGGCGUCUUCCUUGUUUGGGAGCUCCGCUUUGCUCCGACGCCAAUGUUCAACUUCAGCCUGUUAAAUGAUCGAACAAUCAUUGGUGCAUGCUUGCUCGACGCGACAUACCAGCUCUCUUACUACUGCUGGAACAACUACUAUACCUCCUUUUUGCAAGUAGUCAACGACCUCAGCAUUUCCGAGGCCGGUUACGUCAGCAACACUUUCGACGUGGUCUCCGGAUUCCUUUUGCUCGGAGGAUUGAUGAUUCACUUCCGCCGCCCCAACCAAUCUAUUGGUUAUCUUGUCAUGUGCCAGAUUUUCAUCUCCAUUGGUGGAUCUGUCUUCAUCAUUGUUGAGCAGCUUGCUAUAUUGGCUGCCGCCGACCAUCAACAUGUCGCAACUGUCCUUGCUCUGCUGAACGUCAUGGGUACUGUCGGCAACGCUGCCGGUUCUACCAUUUGCGCUGCAAUCUGGACCAACACAUUCUACAAAGCCCUUGAGACGAGGCUUCCAGAAUCUGCAAUGAGAGACCUUGAUUCAAUUUACGAAGAUCUUGCCCAGCAGACCUCUUAUCCCAUUGGAUCCGCCGCGAGACUGGCUAUUCAGGAAGCUUGUGCCUAUUCUCAGACAAGAAUGCUCGCUGUUGGUACCGGUAUCAUGGGUCUGUGCAUCUUCUGGUCCCUCAUGAUCCGAGACAUCGACCUGAAGAAGGUUGCUCAGGUCAAAGGUACCGUCUUCUGA